GACGCGUGGCAGACAGAUGGCGCUGGUUUGACGCUGUCGACUCGUCCAGUUGAAGGAGCAGAAGUUUGUUAUGUGCUGUGUAGCGCACAUGCGCAGACCAGGCUGUUUGUCCAGUUUCACUGGUUGACUUUUACCUGUGAGGUAGAUUAUAGUUUCGGGAAGGAGGUGAGAGACUUGGGAAUAAGCCCCGCAUCAGUCCAGAGGCACAGAGUGGAUUUUCCUCCGCUCACGAGCUCACAGUUGGCACUGUAUAUUCUGAGGUCCCGCUGCGGAGCCACGGACUUUCAGGAUUUAGGGGUCGGUGCGCAACAGCGAGCUCCGGAGCAGGUGCAGCGGGGACAGGACGGAGGGAGGAGGGAGCUGCUAAACCCACCGGGCUCUCUCGUAGUGGCUGUGUGUACAUUCAGAGCACGUUCACUUGGUAUGCCGCUGUUACUCCCGGUCUGAGGACCGGUCUCUGGCUCUCAGGAGGUUCUCCUCGCGCUGGGAGAACGACUCUUGGACCAGGAAGAUGAUGGGCUUUCUACGUCGGACGUUCAGCCGCCGCUCGCGGAGCCGAUUCCAAACGAGAGAACGGGACGAGCGGGACGGAAAGCUCGGGGCAGGAGGGGGCGGAGGGGUGAUCGGGAACCCCCUGCUCCUGGCCCAUCAGCAGCAGGUUGUCCACGCGCCAGCGGUGGUCACCGGGGGGGCCUCAGUGCACAUCCCCGCGGCGGAGGGCGCGCGGACCUCCAUCGCCUGCCGCGUGCUGCUGCUGGACGGAUCAGACGUGAACGUGGAUCUACCCAGUAAAUCCAAAGGCCAGGACCUGUUCGAUCAAAUCAUGUACCACAUAGAUCUAGUGGAGACGGACUACUUCGGACUGCAGUUUAUGGACUCGGACCAAGUCUCACAUUGGCUUGAUAUGUCCAAACUAAUAAAGAAACAAAUCAGAGACGGUCCCCCUUACAGGCUCUUCUUCCGAGUCAAGUUCUACUCGUCGGAGCCCAAUAAUCUGCGGGAGGAAUUCACAAGAUAUCUCUUCGUGUUACAGCUGCGACAAGACAUCCUGUCCGGCAAAUUAAAGUGCCCAUAUGAGGUUGCUGUGGAGCUGGGAGCAUACUGUUUACAAAGUGAGCUUGGAGAUUGCGACCCUUUGGAGCACUCUCCGAUGUUGGUUUCUGAGUUUCGUUUCACCCCUAAGCAGACUGAGGCCAUGGAGGCAGACAUCUUCAACAGGUGGCUGGAUCUCAGGGGAAAGAGCCCUUCUCAGGCAGAAAUCUCCUUCCUCAACAAGUGCAAGUGGCUGGAGCUCUACGGCGUCGAUAUGCACUUUGUCAAGGGCCGAGAUGGAGGGGAAUAUGCACUAGGUCUCACUCCAACUGGCAUCUUGGUAUUUGAAGGCUCCAACAAAAUUGGCCUGUUCUUUUGGCCAAAGAUCACUCGUCUGGACUUUAAGAAGAGCCGCCUCACACUGGUUGUAGUGGAGGAUGAUGAACAGGGUCGGGAGCAGGAGCACACAUUUGUAUUCCAGCUGGCCAGUGCCAAGAGCUGCAAGAACCUGUGGAAAUGUGCGGUUGAGAGCCAUGCAUUUUUCCGGUUACGUCAACCUGGCAACGGCAAAGCUAACCGCAGUGACUUCACCAGACUGGGGUCUCGCUUCAGGUUCAGUGGUAAGACGGAGUACCAGGCGACACAUGGAGGCCGGCUGAGGAGAGCGAGUGCGUUCGAGCGAAGGCCGAGCAAGCGUUACCCCUCCCGCUCACAGUCUCUGGGCAAAGUUGCCAUUUCUCCUGCCAAGCCACUACAUAUCAGCGCACAUGCCAGUCCUGAUCCUGGGCUUCAUCAUUACCAGCACAACAUUCCCAUGAGCCAUGAGUCAUGGCACAUGGCUCACCCCGCGCUCUCGCCUCCUGUUUACCUUCAGCCAUUGGGGCACACUCCUCCUCACAGCUUCCCUCUGAGUGGUCCCAGCUCUGGACAUCAGUUCAAUGAAGAAGACAAGACUUCAUUUUCAGGAAAAGCCCAACGACAUCACCGAAGACACACCCACAGCCAGGACACGCUCUACCACUCGCAUCACAAAAACAAGCGCAGACCUGCUCCAUGUGCUGCAGACGGACUGGACAUUUCUCAGACUCUGCUCAAAGCUCUGGAGUCUGACAGCGACUCUCCUCCAUGGCCUUCACUGCACCUCAACAUCGACAACAAGGGAGAGGACAAACUUCUGUGUGAUAAGUCCCUGCUGCCCCCCGCCUCUCCUGCUGCACUGUCCGAACAACAUAAAAGCAACAUCCUCAAGGCCCAGAUGGAGGCUGCGUUCAAGGAGGCUCCAACAACUCCUCAAGGCAAGAGUUCAAGUGAGACCUUCAGUGACAGAUAUCAGAGUUCAUCGCAAGACUCUGCCACAUCCAGUUUAGCCACAGAUAAAACUUCACAAAGACUAGAUCUCAACCCUACCCCAGAAAGACCCAAAACGGACGCCAGCAGCAACCGCAGAAAACGGCUGGUCAGACAAUUCAGUUUUAAUCAUGAAGACGAGGACAAUCUCCCAGAAGCCCUUGCUGCAAUCUCCUCUGAAAGUACGGCAAAGUCAGGCUCCACCGGCUCACUGGACCGACAAAUUCAACCUUCCAUAUACCCACAGGUUGAGAACAUGCCAACUCUGGAAGUGGGUAUCCCCUCCCCUCUGCCGUCUCCUCAUCCGUCCCCCUCAUUCUACCACAACUCCACCCCUCAUCUGGACCCCUAUCUCGCUGCACAUAAUGACAGUGUUGAAGAGACAAGAGUGGACAGAGAGAAGAUCCUACGAGCCCUCCUUAUGACACAGCUCUGAACCAUGUGACCUGCCCCCAAAGACGUCAGCUACAAUCAACACUUGUAUAUUUGCAUUAUAAGUGUAUAUUCAGCUGUAAAGAUAUAUAUUUCCAUUAAGACAUAAAGAUGUUAUAUUUGCAUAAUUUAGAAUAACUUUAUACUCAUCCCUCCAAACUGUACUGGCUUAUUUAUUAUCACUGACAGAGCAAUGCAACACGUGCGUCUGGUGCUGCCUGCUGGUGCUUUGUAAUGUUACCAACUCUAACGCUGUUUAUCUCGACUGUGUUUCGAACUGUGAAAGCCACGAAUUCAGACUCCUAAGACUUUAAUUAGGCAAAGCAUUCAGUCUCUGCAAGGCUGGACAUUAAAGAGCAUGUAUGUAACUUUUCUGGUGAAGGGUGUAUCCAUAGAUACUACUGGUUUGCCUGGAAUGUUCCACAGAAUGGCAUUAAAUGUAUUUAUCUCACAUCUUAUUC